ACUUUCUAAACACCUCAUAAGUUCUUCAGGUUUUUCACCUAGUGUUGUAUUGUAUUUUUUAUUUCUACAAUAAUGAAAACUGUAUUUAUUUUCGCUUUAAUUUUAGUACCUUGCUCUUCGUGGUUUGCUGUACCAACAUCUGACGUUAUUGAAGUAAACGGUGGAAAACCAUGUGCAGCAUGCACCAUACUGGUUGGUCUCAUCGAACAAGUGGCAGUUGUCAACAACAAGACAGUCACAGAUAUGGUUUCUGAAUUAUGUAAUUUCUUACCAGGAGAAUACACCAUUCUCUGCGAUAUCUUAGUGCAUCUCUGGGGUCCAGCUAUAAUUGAAAAGCUGAGUCGAAAAGAAUCUGCUGACAUUAUAUGCUACAGUUUAGGUAUUUGCCAUGUGGACCGAGGAUUGGAUUACUGUCAUCUCUUUCCAGAGCCUCCAGUGAGUAUAUUGUAAUUACGAUGUAUGGAAAUCAACCCGAAAUAUACUACUGUUCUUAAAAACAGUACACCUAUCAGGUAUAUAUUUACAAAUUUUAUUUUUGUGGGAUAUGUAAAGCAAUUAAUAUACAAAACAAAUUAUUAGCAUUUCGAAACAAGAUGCAUGAUUUACGUUGAUACAGUCUGUAUUCCAUGUGCCUACUUCUGGAUAGUAUUGUUUGCUGUAUACGUCAUGACACUGAACAAAAUAAAGUUUUAAUUGUGUGUUACGGAAUAACUGUCCAAGCUGUAUCACUCCGCGUCCAAAAUUCAUCAGAAUUUUCUGAAAGACUGUCAUAAAACAUCACAUAUCGUUUGAUCAUAUCCCACACAUUUGCGACAGGUGGUAAGCCAGGUGAUCUACGCUGCCAAGAAAGUGAAACAUUAUUAAUUCUGAAGAAGGCUUCUUGUUUUGUUGUAGCAUGAGGAUUAUUAAUAUUCUGCAGAGAAAUUACGAUGGGAAAACGUUGCAAGUACAGAAGUGCGACUAGAACGCAGAAUGUACCUGACAUAUUUUUAUUAUGCUGGAUUAUUCAUUAUGCUGGAUAGAACUUUUGUGGGAAGUGAUCUGUUAUCUAAUAUAAUAAAACCUAUUUCAAGAAUACACACCGUGCUGUCGCGGUAUGACGAAUACGAAUAUAAUCUUUUAUAUUCUCUCACCUCUACGGAGGAAAGUACAUAUGAGUCCAUUUCGCCUAAGCAAAACUAUCAUUCAUCUGAGAAGACGAUGUUGUCCACACAUGAUGUUUGAUGCACCGUGGGAGUCUGAUAGUACUUUGCUAAAACGUCAACGGUAUCCUGAGAAGAAAGAGAUUGAUGCCCUGGUAAUCUAUAGCCUUCUUCUCUUUGAAUUCUACACCCAACUUCGAGCCUGCCUUUGGCUACUCUUUCACUGACAGAAACACACUGUUCUCCUCUCUGCAGUAUCGAGGAGAGGGAAUAUGCGCUGUCCUCUUAUGUCCUCUUAUGUCAAAUAGUGCAUCUUCUGUUAAACUGUCAUGUGGUUAUAAGGUUGUCCUACAUGACGUAAAAACAUCCUUACUCGCUGCUGAAUAAGGAUUAAAGUUUCCACCUAGGAACAACAUUUUUAUAAAUUAGUCAAGGCUUAUUUAUUUAUGAAUAUAUUUUAAAGCCUUAAAAUUUUGGACUAAUCAGUCUUCAAUGCUAAUAACUUUUUUGAAUUGCUUGUUAUAUGUAUAAAAAAUAAAAGCUGCAAUUACAUGCU